UAACUUUAGGUAACUGGAACAACAGUUCGCGACUGGCAGCGCACCGGUUUGUGUUUUGGCAAUGUGUCGUUUUCAAGCCAGUUACGUGAGUGAUUUUGUGACACGUUUAACUGUCGAGGUAGUGAACACGAGUACAGUCUCGCAUCACCAACGUCUAGAAAAGGAUCAAUUUCAUGCUUGACACGAUUUGUUUGCAAUUUGUUUUUAUCCCGAGAGAACGUAACGGCGGUGUGAGUGUGGGUAUCGCUGGAUAUUCGUAUCGCGUCUGAGAAGAAGUGAUCAUGUGGUAAAGAGCAGGGCCGAGAAGGCACCUCAAGCUAAACGAGGAAAAGAGAUCGGGACAGCGGGAGGAAGCGGCGUGGUGAUAACAUCAGAGAAAGAAAGAGAGAAAGAGAGAGAGAGAGAGAGAGAGAGAGAAAAGAAAAAUUUUACUACACAUCAUACGCGCGACACGCAGUACGUACGCGUAUGCACACGUACAUGGGUACGCGCGCUUGCGGGCGCGCUUACAGAUACAAGUACGUAAUAACGUUAUACAAACGCGCACUCAAGCACACGACGCACACGCGCGCGCGCGUGCGCGCGUGUGUGUAUGCACUCUAUAGUAGAUGAAUAUAUACACGUAUUUGUACAUAUAUAGAAAGAGAAGAAGAAGAGAAGAACGGUGUGAGGGAGGUUAAAGGAGGGCGCUUGUGGAAGGAGCGAGGGAACGGAGCGAGGGAGAGGAACACUGUGAACGAAGAAAGAGGGAAGAAAGCGAGAAACGCGUGGAAGAAGGGAAAUAGGAAUCGAAAAAUACGAUAGUGCGUUGCAUGCGUGAUAUGCAGUGUUUCUCGCGAAGAGUGCCGGAGCGAUCCGCGUGGGACUGAAAAAAGAAAAAAAAGAUCGCAGAGCAAAACGAUCGACGAACUUUCUCUCUUUUGUCUCGUUCGUUCGGAAUGAGUUUACCGUUUACCAACCGGUGAUAAAUCGGUGAACGAUCGGUGCGAUCGGAGCGGAGGAGGAGCAACAAACUCUCUGGUUCUCGAGGUUGAGCAUCGUUGAUCUUGAAUUAACUUCUUGGACGAAAGAGUCGAGAGAGGAGAUAUCGUGAUAUACUUGGAAAUAUGUAUCGUACGUCGUGCAAGAUCGUUGGAUGCAACGAGGGAGGAGAGUAAACGGUGUAUAAAAGAAAGGAAGAGCAUGGGACAGAGGUGCGAAGAGAUGAUACCAUAAAGACACGGUGGGAUGUACAGGGGAAGGGAAGGGUAGGGAAGGGAAGGGUAGGGAAAGGAAAGAGAAGGAAGGGACAGUGAGUAAAAGGGAACAAAGAGAAGGAGCGAGAUUUUUGAAAAACGCGUGUAUGUGUACGCGCGUGUGUAUAUAUCAGUGGGCAAGAUGGAGGAAAGUCAGCUGUUGAUGACGGAACUUCCGGCAUUAACGCCAAGCCGCGUUACGUUGCUUCACCGUUCGGGACAUUAUUAUCAGUUACACCAGCCGCACCUGGCCGCGAUACCGACGUCGCAGAGCCAGGAGAUUCUUUACAACUCGAGCAACGCGCCGCAUUAUACCAGCGGUGGUGCGACUGGCCUACCGGCAUACGCGCAAGGUCUCUCGUCGAGGCAACAACCGCAAGUAACUGCCCGCGGUACCGUCACGCCAAGCACGCACAUCUCCUGUCUGUACCCGGAGAUAUUGGCGCUGAUCUUUAGCUACCUCGAAGUCAGGGAUAAGGGACGGGCCGCCCAAGUAUGCACCGCGUGGAGAGACGCGGCGUAUUACCGGUCCGUCUGGCGAGGUGUCGAGGCCAAGUUACACCUGAGGAAACAGGCACCGGCGUUAUUCGCUAGUCUAGUUAGAAGAGGAGUAAAACGGAUCCAGGUAUUGUCGCUGCGACGCGGUCUCGGCGACGUUCUCAAAGGCGUGCCAAACUUGGAGGCCUUGAAUCUCUCCGGCUGCUACAACAUUACCGACGCGGGCUUGAUCAACGCUUUCUGCCAGGAGUACAACACGCUCACCGAACUGAAUCUCUCGCUGUGCAAACAAGUGUCGGACAUCUCCCUCGGCAGGAUAGUGCAGUAUCUGAAGAAUCUCGAGCACUUGGAGCUCGGCGGUUGCUGCAACAUAACGAACGGUGGACUCCUGUGUAUAGCGUGGAAUUUGAAGAAGUUGAAAAGACUGGACUUGCGAAGCUGCUGGCAAGUGUCCGACCUGGGCAUCGCUCAUUUGGCCGGCGUGAACCGCGAGGCAGCCGGUGGUAAUCUCGCGUUGGAGCAUCUCAGCCUUCAGGACUGUCAGCGGCUGAGCGACGAAGCACUCAGGCACGUGUCGAUCGGUUUGACUACCUUGAAGUCCAUCAACCUGUCGUUUUGCGUAUGCAUCACCGACUCCGGGCUGAAACACUUGGCGAAAAUGCCCAGCCUACGCGAGCUGAAUCUACGAUCAUGCGACAAUAUCUCGGACAUCGGUAUGGCAUAUCUCGCGGAAGGUGGCAGCAGGAUUUCAUCGUUGGACGUGUCGUUCUGCGACAAGAUCGGCGAUCAGGCGCUCGUCCACAUAUCCCAGGGAUUGUUUAAUUUGAAAUUACUCUCGCUCUCCGCCUGUCAGAUCAGCGACGAGGGUAUCUGCAAGAUCGCCAAGACCUUGCACGACCUCGAGACGCUGAACAUCGGCCAGUGCAGCAGGCUGACGGACAAGGGACUCUACACCAUUGCCGAGAGUAUGAAACACUUGAAAUGCAUCGAUCUUUACGGAUGCACCAGGAUAAGUACCAACGGUCUAGAGAGGAUUAUGAAGUUGCCGGAACUGAGUACGUUGAAUCUUGGUCUUUGGCACGUGCGGUGAUGGCUUUUUCUCGACCGUACUGCACACUAUUUGCGUCCCAAUGUUAAUCGUACGAGCGGUGAACGUGUUUCCUCGGUGCCUGCGAAACGUCGCCGAACGCCACGCAGAUUUUAUACUUUGUAUAAAAUCCUCUUUUAAUUCUUUUCCCUUUCAUUUUUCUUUCUCUCACUUCCUUCUCCUCUCCUGUCUUUCAUUACGUUUGUUUGUUCUGUCGAGUCGUGUAAAGAACUUGUAAUAUUCUUGUUUUUCUUUUUUUUUUUCCCCCUUCCUUUCUGAUCACACGACGAUUCUCCUUUCCUUCUUGCCAUCCUCGAGUCGCAUCGUGUCAAAGACAAAAAAACGUUCACACUUUUCGAUCAUCGAUAAUGUUACAAAGCAAACACAUGCAAGUUUAUUAAUCGUCGGUUCGAUUAGUAUGCUUUGUUCCUCAGGACGAGAACGUUUUCUCAUACUUGUCACACUAUCAACGCUUCGUUCAUCCCGCAUUUACCGAUUAUACAUACAUGUCGCAACACGGUUGGGGAAACAAUUUCCGCAACUGAUUCAACGAACGUACAUGAUCAACGUUCGUUUCUUUGAUCGUACCUCACAACCGAACACCGAGUGUCGAAGACUUAACCAGGCUCUAGUCUAAUACCGAAGAACGCUCUUCCCCGUGCUUUUUCCAAAGCGUUCUGCGUUCGCGUUGGAAAAACGCGUAUCGAGCUGUUCCUUUCCCGUUCCUCCUUUCAUUUCCUUGCUUUACUUCUUCGCCUAACGGACGAGUAUCGCGUAUUUUCUUCUUUAUACGUACACAUGAACGCGUUUUAUGUAAAUCUUUGUCUCUUCAACGAACGAGGUAUCCCCGACAAUUUAGCCAAAGUGUUACACUUGAUCGAUUAGAAUCACAUCCGUCGCUCAGUCUCACUCUUUGCAAUACGCAUCCUGUACAUUUCUGAUCUCUAGCGUAAGCGCUAUAAUGUACACGUACAUUUUUGCGUCUAGUGUGUAUUUGUGGUUAUAAUACAUACAUGCGUGUAUAUAUAUAUACACGCGCGUCCAGUAAAUCGGUUUUUACUAUUUUUUUUUUCCGUCAUAAUUGCGUUGUAAUUGUUUUCGAUUGAUCUCCUUGUACAAACACUAUCGAGGUUCUUUUCUUUCUCUUUUUAUACACGUAAGGACUUGAUGACGUUUCCAAUUUAUUAUUUGAUAGACCUAAGUAAGUAAGCAACGUUUGUACAGUAGCGUUUUAGGUUCGGGAAAUUUGCAAGUUACUCCUUUUAAGCGUCAAGUUAUUUCAUUUCAUUCGUGUGCCUUUUCGUAAACGAGAUCGUUGAAUUUGUUAAUACGAAUCGAAGGUUUUUCUUUGUCGACUUGUCGUGAUCACCUGUGACGUGUAUCAUACCAAAGAACACGGAGAUUAAGAGAACGAUGCUUAAUGAUCGUCCGAAUUCGUUUGUUCUCGACGUGAUUCGAUUAUUAUUUUUUUUUUUUUUUUUUAUUAUGAGAUAGCGCCUAGUAGAGAUGUGCAAUUCGUUAUGUUUGUCCGAUUAACGAAAAUCGUUGCUUCUUUUUUUCCUUGAUGUAAUAAGCAUAAGCAAAUCUCGAAUUUACUAUUAUUAUAGUAAAACUGAAGACUACAUAGUGUCGGGGCACACUAUAUAGCACGCGAUUUUACUGUAUGAAAUCGGAGUUCCGAGAUUCAUUUUGUGUGUCUGUGUAUGUACAGAUUCUCUCAUAACGGCAGACACGUUUCAUACUUUGUGUAUAAAUAAUACUAAAUUCUUAAAAAAAAAAAAAAGAAAAAAAAACGUAGAAGAAGAAG